UUUUUCUGACUCUUUUCUGUCAUUACUAUUGCUUACUAUGUCUGGACGCGGGAAGCAAGGAGGUAAAGCUCGUGCCAAGGCUAAGACUCGGUCUUCUAGAGCUGGGCUCCAGUUUCCAGUAGGCAGAGUUCAUCGUUUGCUUCGCAAGGGCAACUACUCCGAGCGGGUUGGGGCCGGCGCGCCCGUGUACCUGGCGGCGGUGCUGGAGUACCUGACGGCCGAGAUCCUGGAGCUGGCGGGCAACGCGGCCCGCGACAACAAGAAGACGCGUAUCAUCCCGCGCCACCUGCAGCUGGCUAUUCGCAACGACGAGGAGCUCAACAAGCUGCUGGGCCGCGUGACCAUCGCUCAGGGCGGCGUCCUGCCUAACAUCCAGGCCGUGCUGCUGCCCAAGAAGACCGAGAGCCACCACAAGGCCAAGGGAAAGUGAAACGCGUAGCAGUGCUAAAGACCUCAUUCCAGAAAUCAAAGGCUCUUUUCAGAGCCACCCACAUUUUCUUUAAAACGCUGAAAUACAAGUUCUAAGUGACAUUCGAGAAAUUCAUCUUAGGUUACUGGAGUUUUAUAUUUUGGAAACAACCAGUGUUCCCGUUCUUGACACAUAGUGGUGGUUAGUUCUUCUUAGACACCUUUUAUGGACCAUAAGAUCCUUAAAAAAUUGAAGCCAGUUAUCUGAAUCCCUUUUUACUAAAAUGACAAAAUACACUUACAAACAAUAUUCAAGGACAUUCUGUCAGUACGUAAGUUUGGGAUGCAGGUUAACGGAAAUGACUGGUAGGAAUACAGAACCAUAAUGACAGUGUUUUCUGUAUAGUAAUUCACUGUACAUACAAGCAUACACAAUUAUGUAUGUUAUAUAUUCAACUUAGUUGCUGUCUUAAAAUCUGAAAUAUGAAUAAAAUAAACGAGAUAACAAAAUAGGGAUUGCUGGCCAAUCACAUACCAGGGCGGGCUUUUAUAACUUUUACGGAUGACGGCGUUCUUUUUAGUGAGAAUUGUUUCAUCUGUUGGUUAUUUGUCUUUUCAGAAAAAAGUAAUGAAUGACGCCCACUAAAAUUAACGUUAAAUGAACCCUCCCUUUUAUGGACUCAGUUUAAAGUGGAUGAUAAACAAGAAUGAAAUUUGGUUGUAUAUUAAAUCUGUUAAGGAAAUCCAGUCAUUUCACCAUGAAGCACAGAACCAAUUAGGUUACAGCGCGGUAAUUAGUGGACUGAUCUACUGUAAAUAAGGGC